AUGGAGGGCUUUGAUACCAUGGCCAUGCCAUACCUAGCCAGCCCAUUGUCGCUUGGCAAUAUCCAGAGCGCGGAUUAUCUCAAUUCUAUGCCGGGAAUGGAAAUCCCGGACCAACGCUCCAACUUCGACUCGGAUACUUUUGUUAGCGGAGAUGACAUACCCUUUCCUCCAAAUGGUUUGCCGGCGACAUUGAAGAGGUUCCCUUCGGGCUAUGAAGAUCCUUUCACAGACAUGGUGACUCCGUUUGAACCUGCACCGCCCGAGCAGUCUGCGGAUUCUUCCAUCGACCACAAUAAUAAACUACUAAGCUUUUCUGUUCCAGCCUACAGCUUUACGCUUCUCGACUAUUCAUUACGACGAACCUCCUUGUCACUUUCGGCCCAGUUGCACGGCAUGUUCUUCCUUGCAGAGUCACCCUGGACUACAUCACCUGCCGAGAAUGCUCCACCCCAACAGGGUGCUGAAUUAACUUGCUACCGCCGCAAUCUAUUUCAGAUUACCGGGUCGGUCACGCUUCCGCGGAGUUUGCGCUACAUUAUGACCGAUCAAGGCGAUCGGAUACCCAUCCUGGCCCAGGAGCUGACAGUCUCCGCCACCGAAUCGGUGGAAGGCAAUGCUGUCAAGAUUAUAUCUGUUCCGUGGAAAACUCCUGCGGCCAGCGGAACCCCCCUCGGCGAAGAUGGGAAUAAUUCUACGGGCAAUACUCCCAAAGUCGAGAAAGAGCCCCCUCCAAUCCCCCUGGAUAUAAUGGCCGGCCAGGAUCUCGACACCGACUACGCUACAUUUCCCAUCGCAUGGAAACGGCUUCAAUUCCGAGUCGCAACGGCCAACAACGGGCGCAGAAAGGAACUUCAACAGCACUUCCUCGUUCGACUCAAGGUCGUCGCCACUUUAUCAACCGGCACCAAAAUCCCCAUAUGUGAGGUGCAAUCAGGGCCUAUAAUCGUUCGAGGCCGGAGUCCGCGCAAUUUCCAGUCCCGCAAAGACUUGCCCUUGAGCGGGAGCGCCGCUGCAUCCAGGAAGAAUGCCCAGGCCUCCCAUUCUGCAUCGGUCAACCGAGCUUCUGCUAGUGAAGCCGCCCUACGCUCUAGCCAGACAGCGGCCAAGGCUAAGGCCCCGGCAAAAAGUAGCUCUCCCGAUACCACAAGAUCCCAGGCUGGCCUUAUUCCCCAGCAAGCGUCCCCGGGCUGGAACCAAGCUUCUCGGCCUGCAAGUGGUGCGGUUGCUUCUUCAGCCCUGCCUCACUCAUCUCUAUAUUCCCAGUCCAGCCCGGAAUACUCAAGGCCGACGGAAAAUCAGCGACGAACAAAUUCCGUGGCCGCUCCUAUAAACCUGUCAUUAUUGGACGAAGAAGACAGCGGAGAGGCCGCCAACGUAAAUGAAUCAGUUGGUUCGACUUCCUCUUAUAUCAAUGAGGUGCUAAAUAAGAACCCGGGUGCUCCUGGAUCUGCACCGCCGGCGAAAUUGCGCAAAUUGUCCCAUGGUCUUUCCCAAACACCAACACGAGCCUCGUCAUCGCUACCAUUGUUGAAUGCCACAAACCUCCAGCAGCCCUUCGCGUCUACUUUACCGUUUCCCAACGAAAAUUCCGACCUUCUAUAUGAGUAUUUCCCUCUUGGGUUGGAUGAUUGGCAGGCACCUGUCGACGCAGUUUACCGACCGCACGUCGUGCAUCACACCAACAUGCCGGAGAUGAAGUUUGUUGCUGCUCGAGGACGAAGUAAGCGUUAUUUCGCCGCGGAGGAUGUGUUUUAG